AUGAGGGUCUUGGCCUGCCUUAUCGGUGACUCUGAUGGGAUCCAGGCUGUUGAGAGGCUGCGUCUGGCCGACGGCCCCCACGGCUGUGCCGGCCGCCUGGAGGUGUGGCACGGCGGGCGCUGGGGGACCGUGUGCGACGACGGCUGGGACCUGCGGGACGCCGCCGUGGCCUGCCGCGAGCUGGGCUGCGGGGGCGCGCUGGCCGCCCCCGGAGGCGCCUUCUUUGGGGAGGGCGCGGGGCCCGUGUGGCUGAGCGAGCUGGCCUGCCGGGGCAGUGAGGGCCAGCUGGGGCUCUGCCCCCAUCGCGGCUGGAAGGCCCACAUUUGCUCCCACAGGAGGACGCGCUUCUGUGCUGUCCUCAGUCAGCGUGUGGCCAACUCCAGGGACGGGGACGAUCCACCUUCGAUCCUGGAGGGGACCCCGCCGGGGCUGUCUGGGGAGCUGAGCCCUGGCUCGGAGGAGCCUCCAGGGACACACGCACCCCGCCCGGCCGGGACCCCACAGAACAGCUCCAGGAAGAAGGUCCCCCCACCCAAGCAGGCCAAAUCCACCAGGGCCCCUCAGCUGACGGCCGGAGCCCCCCGACACGAGCGGCUUCGCCUUGUCUCGGGCCCCCACGGGUGCUCCGGUCGGCUGGUGUGGCACGGCGGGCGCUGGGGGACCGUGUGCGACGACGGCUGGGACCUGCGGGACGCCGCCGUGGCCUGCCGCGAGCUGGGCUGCGGGGGCGCGCUGGCCGCCCCUGGAGGCGCCAGAUUCGGCCGGCUCAGGGCCCGUGUGAUGGAUGACGUGGGGUGUGGAGGCGGAGAGCAGGCUCUGCGGGACUGUCCCCGCCCCUGGGGUCGGAGCAACUGUGACCACAGCGAGGAUGCGGGCUGGCCCAGCCCCCGGCUGCGUCUGGCCGACGGCCCCCACGGCUGUGCCGGCCGCCUGGAGGUGUGGCACGGUGGGCGCUGGGGGACCGUGUGUGACGACGCCUGGGACCUGCGGGACGCCUCCGUGGCCUGCCGCGAGCUGGGCUGUGGCGGCGCGCUGGCCGCCCCCGGAGGCGCCUUCUUUGGGGAGGCUGGCCCCAUCCUCCUGGAUGACCUUCGGUGUCGGGGUAACGAGACAGCCUUGCGAUUGUGCCCAGCACGGCCCUGGGGCCAGCACGACUGUCACCACCGGGAGGACGCCGGGGCCGUGUGGGACGGGAUGCCUCUCGGAUAUGUCCCUCCCACGGCCCCGGCGGCUGCGGACGGCAACCACUCUGCGCCCGGACGUGGCGUCCGGGCCCCCCCCCCCACGGCGAGCCAGGCCUCGCGGACCGCAGGCGCCUCCCCUCCGCCCUCCCCCACUGCCCCGCGGGAUCCUGAACCCGAAGCCGGUGAGCUCCCCCAACUGCGCCUGGUGGCAGGGCCCAGCAGGUGUUCGGGCCGGCUGGAGGUGUGGCACGCAGGGCGCUGGGGGACGGUGUGUGACGACAGCUGGGACCUACGGGAUGCUGCGGUGGUCUGCCGCGAGCUGGGCUGUGGCGGAGCUCGGCAGCCGGACCCUGCCGCUGGCCGCUUUGGCUGGGCCGGCCCCAUCUGGCUGGACGACGUGGGGUGCUUGGGGACCGAGGCUUCGCUCUCUGACUGCCCUGCGCCCUGGGGGAAGCACAACUGUGCCAAUGAAGAUGUUGGAGUCACCUGCACUGAGACCCCUGGCCUGGACUCUAUCUCAGACCCCUUCAGUUGGAGCUGGAUCCCUGGCCUGGGUAGAGAUCCGGACGCCUGGCCUCCCCGGGAGCUGGCACCAAGCCCCUGCGAGGCUGACCCCAGCGUUCCUGAGAAAACCACCACCAAGGCCCAGGGAAAAAUGCCCAAGAGUACUAAGAAGUGGGGACCAAAAAUGCAAAGCGACCGACCAUCAGCCCCCGUGAUGCCAACCACUAAACAUUCCAGGGUCCUGGGCACCCAGAGGCCCCUUGAAAUGACCUCACGGACCACCACAACCCUGACCACUGAGGCCUCCCACAGAGCAGUUUCAGAGUCUAGCAAAGCGACCACUGGGGUCCCCAACGGGAUGACCUCACAUACACUGCACACGAACUCCUGGGCCCCCGAGAACGGACCUCUAAGGCUGUGGCAACGUCAACCAUCAAGGCCCCGAGAGGUGACCUCUGAGGCCACGCAACGCGAUCCUCUGACCCCCAAGGAGUCAUCAGCUGAGAUCCCAGCACAGGGUUCUCCAGAGUCACCCAAAGACCCAGCCCCCUCCCCCACUGGGAGCACCACUCGGGGAUCAGGCCCGUUCCGCGUGCGUCUGGAUGAUGGGCCCAAACGGUGUGCUGGCGGCUGGAAGUGUGGCAUGCUGGGCGGGGGGACAGUGUGCGAUGACAGCUGGGACCUGCGGGACAGUACCGUGGCCUGCUGGGAGCUGGGCUGUGGAAGGGUCCGGCCCCGAGUGGAAACCCACUACGGCCCCGGGACGGGCCCCAUCUGGCUGGAUGACGUGGGCUGCAAGGGAAUCGAGGCCUCGCUGAGUGACUGUCCUGCUGCAUGGGGCCAGCACAACUGUGACCACGAGGAAGACGUGGGGCUCACCUGCACUGGCUACGCCGAUGAGGAUGAUUCCCCCUGGACCUGGGAUCCCACCUCGGGAGAGGACCUGGCCAAGGGGACCACCGCAGGGGUGCCUGGACACAUGCUCCCUGGGCACACCAAAAGCCCAGGGGGACCCUCCCCAGCAACAAGGCGUCUUCCACACACAGGUGACAAGGAUGGUUAUGAGUCUUUUCGGACAUGGGAUACACCUUCAGGAGGGGCUCUGCCCAAGGGGACACCCACCACUCUUACCACUGGCACCACCCGGGACCCAGACCAUCCCUCUCCAGCUCCAAGGAUCUGUGGAGACACAGGUUCCGAGAGAAAACUGUGGCCCCAGCGUAGGCUGCUGCGCCCCACAUCGUCCCGGACGGUGCCCCCUGCCCCUUCCCCAGAUCCCUCCGCUUCGUCAGAGCCCCCGGGCUCACCGGUGACCUCCGUGACCUCCAACCCUGCGCCAUGGUUCAUUCCUGAGGCAGCUUCAACGCGGAAGGUGACCUCUGCUCCUGACACUUUGCCACCCAGCCCGGACCUGGCCUCCUGGACGAGCUCUGACCUCACCUUGACAACCCCUGGCCUCACUUUGUCUACCCCUGACGCCACUGUGAUUGCAGCAUCGCGGUCUGAUCUCUCACCUACCCCACCACCCACCUUGACCAAGAGCUGACCUCUGACCCCUCUGCACCAGAGGUGGUGACCCCACCUUUUUUCUACCUCAGAGUUGACUACAGAAAUCUGUCACAAUCCAAACUUGGACACAGCUCCUACCCCAACUCAGUUCCAGAAUAUUCCAGAUCCCAGACCCCUCCACAAGCCCUACCCCACUACCACCCUCACUCUGCCUUGACCUCUCACCCCUCUACCUCCUACCUCUCAACCCACUACCACCUUUCCCCCAACUACAACACCUCACUCCACCGCCACGCCUCCACUCCACCACAACCCUUCACUCCACAAACCCCUCACCCUACCACACCCCUCAACUGUUACACCCCCCUCAACCCACCACACCCUCUCAACCACCACACCCCCACCAACCACCACACCCCUUUACCUACCACAACCCCUCACCCCCACCACAACCCCUUCACCCUACCACAACCCCAUACCCACCACGACCCCCUCAGUCCACCACACCCCCCUCAUUCUACCAGUGCUCAACCCAACUACAACCCCCCACCCUAUCACAACCAGUUACCCUGCCACGACCCCUGACUCCACCAUGACCCCUCAUUCUACCACCUCUACUCAUCCCAACCAUGACUGCUGACCCUACCUCAACCCUGUGGUUACUGUCAAAUCCAUUCUAACUUCCUUGGGAACAGAGUUCUCUCCCACUCCAGCGCCAGCAGUCAAGCCCAGCCUGCACCCCUGGUUGACCUCCAUGGGAGCCGCUCAUCUCUCUCAGAUGUCCAGCCUAGUGCCUUUUCCAGCCUCAGAGUCCAGCCACCCCAGGUCUUCUCCAGGCCCAAGCAUGGACACACUGUCCACUGAGGAUUUCCAACCACCAAGAAGCCAGAGCCCCAAACCAACUCCACCACCCACCCAGACCCCACACUCAGCCUCUGACCCCACAGGGACCUCUGACCUCCAUCUGUCUUCCAUGGUCCACCCCUUGGAUCAACCUCCUCGACCAUUCACCCUAAGGCCAACCCCUGGGCAGGACCCAGACCCCGUUGGCCCAUGUGUGACUCCAGCACCACCUGUAAAGGUCAUGGCCUGUGAGCCGCCUGCCCUGGUAGAGCUAGUGGCUGCUGUGAGGGAUGUGAGUGGCCAGCUGCAGAGGCUGACCCAGGUCCUGAAGCAGGACCAGCAGCAGCGCCAAGCUCUGGAACUGGGGCUGACUCAGCUGGUGGAGGCCACCCGGGGUCUGGGGCAGCUGGGUGAGGUUGUAAAGAGACUGGCCGAGAGAGCCUGGCCCCCCAGCACACCUGCACCAACCACCACCACCCCAGAGGAGGAAGAAAGGCCUCUGAGGGGAGAUGUGUGACCCUAUAUGGGAUUUGAGGGGCUUAAAAUGCUCUCAAUCAAAAAUGAAAACCAAAGUAUCUAAUUAAAAACAAGAUAUCAAUGACAUUUGUGGGGACCCAGGGGAACCCCAGGGAGAUGGAAUCACAAGAGUGACCUUGAUUUAUGAAUGCCACAGGCACCAUGCAAGGCACUGAUUUUAUGAUGAGGAUGCUGGUGAUGAUGGGUGAUGAUCAUGAUGGUCAUAGUGACUACAUGUAGUGAGAAUGAUGAUGGUGAUGGUCAUGAUGGUGACAAUGAUAGUGGUCACAAGGAUGAUGGUGAUGGAAGUAAUGUGGGAGAUGAUCAUGGUGGUGAUGAUGACAAUGGAAGUGGUGAUGAUGA